CUGACGAGGCUGCCGGGGUCCAAGGGGAUGCGAGCUGCGGGCCGGCCCCGCCGCGGCGUGGCGCGGGGGAGGCCGGGCCGGGCCCCGCGGCGCUGAGGAGCUGGAGCCCUCCCCGUGCCCCCGGCCCGGAGCCGCCCGGGAUGGAUCAUUUCUGUCAGCAGGUGCAGCAGAAGGACGUGGGCCGCAGGCUGCAGGUCGGGCAGGAGCUGCUAGAGUACCUGCGCGACCCCGCGGCGUCCCCGGACGUGGAGCAGGACCCGCAGCGGCUCGACAGAGUGAUCGACGAGCUGGCGGCAUGGGUCAACUCUAGCAACUUCAAGGUGUCGUUACUGGGAUUAGAUGUUUUAGGUGCCUUUGUCAACAGACUAUCAGGACGCUUUAAAUCCUAUAUAGGAACCGUUCUCCUGCCUUUGAUAGAUCGCUUAGGAGAUGCCAAAGACCAAGUUCGAGAGCAAGCACAGAAUCUCAUAUUGAAAUUGAUGGAUGAGACAGCUACACCCAUGUACAUCUGGGAACGCCUUGCUGUUGGUUUUAAACACAAGAAUUACCGAUCCCGAGAAGGAGUGUGUUUGUGUCUUAUUGCAACCUUAAACAUUUAUGGUGCACAAUCAUUAAGCCUCAGCAAGUUAGUACCGCAUCUGUGUGCAGCGUUUGGUGACUCGAAUAGCCAGGUGAGAGAUGCUGCCAUACUAGCCAUUGUAGAGAUUUAUAGACAUGUGGGAGAGAAAGUACGAAUAGAUCUUACGAAGAGAGGAAUUCCUCCUGGAAGGUUGCAAACAAUCUUCACAAAAUUUGAUGAAAUAAGAAACUCUGGAACUAUGAUUUUAAGUAGCAUCAGUGACAAAAGCUUUGAUGAUGAAGAGUCAGUGGAUGGAAAUAGGCCAUCAUCAGCUGCUUCAGCCUUUAAGGUUCCUGCACCUAAAAAGCCAGGAAAUCCUUCCAACAGUACAAGAAAGCCAGGUUCGGCUGGUGGGCCUAAGGUUGGAGGUUCCUCUAAAGAAGGAGGAGCUGGAGCUGUUGAUGAAGAUGAUUUUAUUAAGGCAUUUACAGAUGUUCCUACUGUACAGAUCUAUUCUAGUCGAGAACUUGAAGAAACAUUGAACAAAAUCAGGGAAAUCCUCUCAGAUGACAAACAUGAUUGGGAUCAACGAACUAAUGCGCUCAAGAAAGUUCGGUCGUUGCUUGUUGCUGGAGCUGCACAGUAUGAUGGAUUUUUUCAGCACUUACGGUUGUUGGAUGGUGCGUUCAAGCUGUCAGCCAAGGAUCUUAGAUCCCAGGUGGUUAGAGAAGCAUGCAUUACUGUAGCCCAUCUUUCAACUGUUUUGGGAAACAAGUUUGAUCAUGGCGCUGAAGCUAUUGUGCCUACUCUUUUUAAUCUGGUUCCCAACAGUGCUAAAGUGAUGGCAACGUCGGGGUGUGCAGCCAUUAGGUUCAUUAUUCGGCAUACCCAUGUGCCCCGACUCAUACCUUUAAUAACAAGCAACUGUACCUCAAAAUCAGUUGCAGUUAGAAGGCGUUCCUUUGAAUUCUUAGACCUGUUGUUACAAGAGUGGCAAACACAUUCAUUGGAAAGGCAUGCUGCAGUCUUAGUUGAAACGAUCAAGAAGGGCAUUCACGAUGCUGAUGCAGAAGCAAGAGUGGAGGCAAGAAAGGCUUACCUGGGUCUUAGAAAUCACUUUCCUAGUGAAGCCGAGACUCUAUACAACUCUCUUGAACCACCUUAUCAAAGAAGCCUCCAGACCUACUUGAAGAAUUCUGGCAGUAUAGCAUCUCUCCCUCAGUCAGACAGGUCAUCCUCCAGCUCACAGGAGAGCCUCAAUCGUCCUCUAUCUUCUAAAUGGUCUGCAGCCAGCCCAGCAAGCCUUGCAGGCAGAGUUUCAGGCAGCAGCAAGAGUGUUCCAAGCCCAGGAACCCUGCAGAGGUCUCGCAGUGACAUUGACGUUAAUGCUGCCGCAGGUGCAAAGGCUCGCCAUGCUGCUGGACAGACAGCUGGAGCUGGGCGCUUGUCAGCAGCUGGUCUACCUCCAGGAUCUUACGCUUCACUAGGUCGUGUAAGAACAAAGCUUUCAACGCUGUCUGUUGGUAUUGGAAACUCUAAAACAGACUCCAGAGGACGGAGUAGAACCAAAGUGGUCUCUCAGUCUCAGCCUGGCAGUAGAUCUGGAUCUCCUGGAAGAGUUUUGACAACAACCACACUUUCUACUAUGAACACAGGGGUUCAGAGAGUGUUAGUGAGUCCUGCAACUGCACAAAAACGAAGCAAAAUCCCACGAAGUCAGGGAUGCAGUAGAGAAGCUAGUCCUUCUAGAUUGUCAGUAGCACGAGGCAGCCGCAUUCCUCGGCCUAGUGUGAGUCAGGGGUGCAGUCGGGAGGCCAGCCGUGAAAGUAGCAGGGACACAAGCCCUGUCCGCUCUUUUCCACCCCUUGCUUCCAGACAUCACUCCAGAUCCACUGGUGCCCUCUACACUCCUGAUGUUUAUGGGGCUACAGGUACCAGCUUUGGAAUUAGUCAGUCAAGUAGAUUGUCAUCAUCAGUUAGUGCUAUGCGAGUUCUGAACACAGGUUCUGAUGUGGAAGAGGCAGUAGCAGAUGCCUUGAAGAAGCCUGUGCGAAGAAGAUAUGAGUCUUACGGGAUGUACUCAGAUGAUGAUGCCAACAGUGAUGCAUCAAGUGCCUGUUCAGAAAGGUCCUACAGCUCUAGGAAUGGAAGCAUACCAACAUAUAUGAGACAGACAGAAGAUGUGGCUGAAGUCCUAAAUCGCUGUGCUAGCUCCAACUGGUCAGAGAGAAAAGAAGGCCUUCUGGGCCUGCAAAAUUUAUUAAAGAACCAGAGAACUUUAAGCCGUGUUGAGUUGAAAAGGCUGUGUGAAAUCUUCACAAGAAUGUUUGCUGAUCCUCACAGUAAGGUGUUCAGUAUGUUUUUGGAGACACUGGUGGACUUCAUCCAAGUCCAUAAAGAAGAUCUGCAGGACUGGCUAUUUGUACUGCUAACACAGCUAUUGAAGAAAAUGGGUGCUGAUUUGCUUGGGUCUGUACAAGCAAAAGUUCAGAAGGCACUUGAUGUCACAAGGGAAUCUUUUCCAAAUGAUCUUCAGUUCAGUAUUUUAAUGAGAUUUACUGUUGACCAGACCCAAACGCCUAGUUUGAAGGUCAAAGUUGCAAUCCUUAAAUAUAUAGAGACUCUCGCACAACAGAUGGAUCCAGGAGACUUUGUAAAUUCGAGUGAAACUAGGUUAGCAGUGUCUCGAAUCAUCACCUGGACCACCGAACCUAAAAGCUCAGAUGUUAGGAAGGCUGCACAGUCAGUGCUGAUUUCCCUUUUUGAACUCAAUACUCCAGAGUUUACAAUGCUAUUGGGUGCUUUACCAAAAACAUUUCAGGAUGGAGCCACAAAGCUUCUCCAUAAUCAUCUCCGGAAUACAGGCAACAGUGGUCAGGGAUCAGUGGGAAGUCCUUUAACAAGACCUACUCCACGCUCCCCAGCAUGCUGGUCAAGUCCUCUCACUUCACCAACCAAUACAUCGCAGAACACUUUGUCACCAAGUGCAUUCGACUAUGAUACGGAAAAUAUGAAUUCUGAAGAUAUUUACAGUUCUCUUCGUGGAGUCACUGAAGCCAUUCAGAAUUUCAGUUUCCGUAGUCAAGAAGAUAUGAAUGAGCCUGUAAAACGAGAUUCAAAAAAAGAUGAUGUUGAUUCAAUCUGCAGUGCUUCAGGAAUAGUAGACCUACGAGCAGGAAGUGGUGUGAGUGAUACAGGCCGAACAGCUCUUGAUAACAAAACAUCAUUACUCAACACAAUGCCUCCUCACUCUUCACCACGUUCAAGAGAUUAUAACCCAUAUAAUUAUUCUGAUAGUAUCAGUUCAUUUAAUAAAUCUGCUUUGAAGGAAGCCAUGUUUGAUGAUGAUGCAGAGCAAUUUCCUGAUGAGCCUCCCAUGGAUCAUUCUGAUCUGGUCGCAGAGUUACUAAAAGAGUUAUCAAACCAUAAUGAGAGAGUUGAGGAAAGAAAGACUGCCCUCUAUGAGCUCAUGAAGUUAACUCAGGAAGAGUCUUUUGGUGUUUGGGAUGAGCACUUCAAAACAAUACUGCUUUUGCUGCUUGAAACACUUGGAGACAAAGAGUAUGCAAUUAGAGCUUUGGCAUUGAAAGUUCUAAGAGAAAUUCUGAGAAACCAGCCAGCAAGGUUUAAGAAUUAUGCAGAGCUCACAAUAAUGAAGACAUUAGAAGCUCAUAAGGACCCCCAUAAGGAGGUGGUGAGAUCUGCUGAAGAAGCUGCUUCCAUGCUGGCUACUUCCAUUAGCCCAGAUCAGUGCAUCAAAGUUCUUUGUCCAAUUAUCCAAACUGCAGAUUACCCCAUUAAUCUGGCUGCAAUCAAAAUGCAGACGAAAGUCAUUGAGAGAGUAUCUAAAGAAACUCUUACUCAGCUUUUACCAGAGAUUGUGCCAGGUCUAAUACAGGGCUAUGAUAAUUCAGAGAGUAGUGUUCGUAAGGCAUGUGUUUUCUGCCUUGUUGCCAUUCAUGCAGUAAUUGGUGAUGAACUAAAACCACAUCUCAGUCAACUCACUGGCAGUAAAAUGAAAUUACUGAACCUUUACAUCAAGCGUGCACAAACAGGCUCUGGACCAGGGGAUGCAACAGCAGAUAUGUCUGGACAAAGCUAAUGAAACUGACAGGAGUUAACCGGGUCUCUUAAAGCAAGGGCCAGGCCCUCUUCAAGUGGAAGGAAAAUUCUUACACACAACGUUUGGAACCCUUCUUUUUUUUCUCAUUUUCCUCCCUUUUUUUUUCUUUAACCAUUGGCUGUCUUCAGCUUGCAUGUGACUGUUGCAAUAGAAUUAUUCCAAAUCCAAGGAAAAAACAGUAUUAACAUCCGUUGAUCAAAGCAAAAUAAAAUUUAUAAAUAAUCUAAUCCAUCAUUUAUCCUGUUCACAAUCCUCUGUGUCUUCCCAUUAACUUUUGCCAGUGUUACUGUAUUAAAAACAUUUUUUUACCCUAAUUAAACAGGUAUGCUUUAAGCUUCAGAAGUUAAAAUAUAA